ACCCGUGACACGGCCGGGAUAAGGAUCGGGUGAGGAACACCGGCAGGGACCGGGGGAAGGAUCGGGUGAGGAACACCGGCAGGGAACAGGGAUGAGGAUCGGGUGAGGAACACCGGCAGGGACCGGGAUAAGGAUCGGGAUUCUGGCCGGGCGGGGAGAUGACGGCGGUGGAGAAGGUGGAGGAGCAGCUGGCGGCUCUGCGCAUCGCCAGGCGCUGCGUGCCCCGCCAGGAGCCCGCCUACCUGCUGGACAUUGACACCUGCAGAGCCUCCCAGGCCAGCAGCAGCAGCAGCCUGGUGGCAGUGUCCUGCUCCAGCCCAGCCCUGAGGCUGUACCACAGGGACACGCUGCAGCUCCUGCGCGAGUACCGCGCCCAGCCCGGCGCGCUCAGCGGGGUCAGGUUCGCCCGCACGUGUCCCAGCGUGGUGUUCUCGGGCUGCAGCCAGGGCACCCUGCAGUGCUGGGAUGCUCGCUCAGCCUCACAGAAACCUGUGCAGGUGUUCAGUGGAUACCCUUCCAACGUCUUCAUCAGCUUCGACGUCAGCUGCACCGACCUCAUCGUCUGUGCCGGAACGGAGAAAGUCGAAAAGGACACGUUCCUGGUGUUCUGGGAUGCAAGGGGUGUUACAGACUGUGCCAGUGCCACUAAAGAGCCCUUGGGAGUCUAUUCUGAAAGUCACAAUGAUGACAUCACCAAAAUCUGUUUUCAUCCUAUCGAGCCCAAUUUGGUAGUGUCUGGGUCAACCGAUGGCUUGGUGAAUGUGUUUGACAUCAACAAGGAUAAUGAAGAUGAUGCUUUGAUAUCGACCUGCAACUCAGAUUCCUCAGUGAGUUCUCUUGGCUGGUCUGGGGAAGAUUACAAACAGGUCUAUUGCACGACACACGAUGAGGGGUUCUGCUGGUGGGACAUAGCUCAGCUGGACACGGAGGAGCCAAUAACCCUGCUGCACGUUCUGGAUGCCAGAGAGUCAGUCUGCACUGAAAACCACCACCUGCAUUACCUGGUGGGUGGCUUGUACCAUGAGAAGGCACAGAAACUCUUCCUGCUUGGGGGAACCUCCACAGGAGACAUCCACCUGAUCAGCUGUGGCACGGAUGGGCUGGGCCUGGUGGGGAGCCUGUGUGGGGGACACUCGGCCACCGUGCGCUCCUUCUGCUGGAGCCCCACGGAUGAGUCUCUGCUGACGGGAGGAGAGGAUGCUCAGCUGUUGCUAUGGAAACCCGGGGCUGUGGAGAGGUCCCUCACAAAGAAAGCAGCUCUGAAGAUCUCUUCUUCCGUGCAGAAGAGAGUGAGAGUUCACAACACCUCCCUCAAAAGCAGGAAAAAGUGCAGUGCCUAAAGUGGGAAUCUCUGCUGUGUAGAGCUUUCCUGGUGUUCAAUCUCCCCAGGCAAUACUUGGCUGUGUUUUAUUUGGAGGUUUUCUGUGGAAAGAACUGUGGUGCUUGAAUUGCCCCUGGGAAUGUAUUUCAGUCAUCAGAAGAAUGCCUUUUAUUUUUUUUAAGUUGCUAAUAUUAAUCAGAAAAGAGUAAAUACUUGCUCCUGAGUUCUUGAACAACAGAUGUUAAAUCAUAUUAUAUAAAACUGUUUCUGUGGUUAUUUAAUGUCUCAGACAAUGUUUUAAAUGUGUAAUACAGGCGUGUGGCUUGCAUAGUUUGUUACCUUCCCAAUUAUAUUCCCUGGCACAUUUUAAAAGCUUUUGUAUUCCAUGCUGUAUUUUGCUUUCUUCACAGAAAACUUAAUGAAAUGGCUCAAUUUAGUAAAAGAUUUUGUGUCACA